GACUACGGACAUGCUCUUCCGCAAACAUCCGGUUUUCGGGAAAGUGGAAGUAAAUUUUUUUUUUUUUACAAAACGUUUCAACGCUUCUUUUGACGUGCGUGGUGUUGCGUGUGCCCGUGUGAAGCUGCGCUUUGGUCCCAAAGCUGCUCCGCUGUCGGCAGAUGGAGGACUGCAGCCUGGUUUCAUGCAUAGAGGACAUUUCAUCGCUGCUGCCGGAGGGAACACUGAGUCCCAAGUACCAAGAUUUGGGCCGCCAGUUUUCGGCAGUGAGGAAAGUCUACGGCGAUGGAAACUGCUUCUACAGAGCGAUCUGCUUCGCACACCUGGAGUUGAUUCUGCACAACCCCAGAGCCCUGCAGAGAUUUAAGGACCGGGUAAUACAAAGUGGAAAAGUUCUGAUUUCUGCAGGAUUUGAAGAGGCUUCAUUCGACCACCUCCAGAGCACAGUCCUACAUGUGGUGGAUCAGUGCAUUGCUGCGCAGCAUGAAGACGUUCUCCUCAGGCUCUUCAACGAACAGAUCAUCUCAGACAGCGUUGUGCAGUUCCUCAGGUUGCUCACGUCUGCACACCUCCAAAUCCAUGAAGACUUCUUCUGCAACUUUGUUGAGGCUCCAGAUCUGAAGGUGUACUGUCGUCAGGAAGUGGAGGUGAUGGCCAUGGAGUGCGACCACGUCGAUAUCUUGGCCCUGUCGCAGGCUCUGGACGUUGGGAUCCACAUUGUGUCCAUGGAGGGUAACGAGCAGCAGCUGGUGCACCACGUCAUUCCCGAGGGAGUGGAUCCAUCCGUGCAUCUCCUCUACCAGGCUUCACAUUACAACAUUCUAUACCAACGGACUUGCCUGUGACUAGCUCAGGAAGCGGCCAAAUGACGAUAAUAAAAACACACACAGGCUUUCAGAUCAUUAUGAAAACAGAACUUUAUAAAAUAUAGCAGCCCAUCCUCAAAGCUACACAAAUAUAAGAAUUAUUAAAGGUAGAAUUAAGCUC